GCCCUACCCAUGCCGCCGAUCGCGGGUGUCAAUCAUCGGGUCCCGGCUGGUCAUUACUUGCCGGGUCCUGGCGAUUACCGGCAAACAGUGCCACAGAGCACAGCUGCAUUGUUUACCAUGCAGCUCUGCUCCCUGUCAGCUCCUAAACACGCUGUUCCUGAGAGCGGAUUUUAGAUCUCGGUAUCAGCCCCCCACCCACUAGUAAAACACUCCCCUCACACAGUUACCCAUUUGAUUGCCUAAAAAAAGUUAACCCCUUCCUCCCCAGUGCCAUUAGUACAGUGUCAGUGUUUAUUUUUUUUUUUUUUGCACUGAUCGCUGUAUUGGUGUCACUGGGGAUGUCAGUGACCCCAAGUCAGUUCCCCCCAGUGUCAAAAUGUCCGCCGCAGUCCCACCAUAAGUCGCUG